AUGGCUGAUCACAAUUCCAAACAUGGCCGCCCGGUCAUCUCUGACAUUCGGUGGACGACCAGGAGAUCAUACGCGUCUCGCUUCACGGUGGUUCCAGGACCUGGGACCACCAAGGAUUCCCGCGCUUCUACCUCGUCGGCUCCGACAGAGACGGCUUCCACGUCGGCAAGAAGCUUCAUCAUGAUGCUAGAUGAGCUCAAGUUUGAGGUUUACUGGAAUCUCUUGCUUGACGAUUCGGAUAGUGCAGAACAGACCUGGCUGGAGCGCGUGGCAGUCAAAAAGUGCAAGUUCGACGUGGAAGAAAACCGGCCGUUGGAUCUAUCUGCUCAGAAGUAUCGCGAGCAGGUCCAUGACAUGCUGUUGGAGGUUUCUGCUCUCCAGGACUUACGUCUUCGAGACCACCCGAAUGUCGUCAGCCUGAUUGGAUACGGCGUCGAACUACGUACCUGGCAUGAAACACCAUUUCUGGUCAUGCCUCUUGCUCUUGGGGACCUCGGCAAGAUCCUCCAGCAUCAGAUCUCUCUAGACGUGGUGUACCAGCUGUGUCUCGAUGUUGGGUAUGGUCUAGACGCCAUUCACAGUUGCAAGCUUGUGCAUGGUGACUUGAAGCCUCAGAACAUCCUUGUUUUUGAGAGAGAUUCCCCUUUCGAUCGGUUACCUCUUGUUGCAAAGCUGGCUGAUUUCGGGCUUUCGCUGGACCAAGUUACCGCGACGAGAGGAGACUCGAUCUUCCUCACAGGCUACUCUCCCGGAUGGGCCGCGCCCGAAGUCGUCCUGUGUUAUACACAAAAACGCCCAAUUUCCAUCGAAGCACUUCUAAAGGCUGACAUAUACUCACACGGACUUCUGAUCCUUAGCUCCUUUUGCUUCGGUGGACAGGUGCCUGAGCUUUCUUCCUAUGCGAGCACAGAAGCCUUGAGGGAGACUGCAUCUGUUCUACCAAACCAUACUGCCGGGGUUCUGAGAACUGCAUUGCCAGUGCUGUUGCAGGAGGACUUCAUGUUACGUCCUCCUGUGGUCGGAUCGCUUUUACUGAAUGAAUCACCAGCUUGUCUUGCGUGGUCGCAAGAGCGAGAUGACUAUGAGGGAUGGCACGCCGAGCAGCAAAAGCGAAGCUCCACUUCAUACCAUCAUCCAUGGGAAUUGCAGUCAAUCGCCGCUCUCCUUGUCCAAGGGAUCGAGAAGUCCUACAGCACGUACGGACCAUUCCUUACUGGAGCCCAAUUGUUUGCCAUGUUCUUACUGCGAUCGGUUCAGGACAUCGCCAGAUCAGACAAGAAGCUUCAAAUCGCAAUCCUACUCGAUGCUGCUCGCACCGGCUUCCCCCCGGCCCAAGCACUCGUGAAAAGAGUGCUUGUGUCGUAUGAUUUGCCCGUAUCAGAGCACAUGAGCGACCGAGAAGCACGAAAAUGGAUGCACAACGCCCUCGAAACUGGCUACCUCCCUAGCGAGAUGGAGACUGAAAGCUUAGAUGCGAGAGAGCUACAGGAGGACCGAAUCACUUUUCGAAACAACACCGGGUAUAACCAAUUCUACUCGCCGAUCACGACUCUAGCCGACGCGAGAUUCCACUUCAUCGAAGAUGAUCAGGCCGUCACUGACCAAGGUCACUGGCACCCGUCUUGCGACCAGUACAAGAACGACGUGAUUCACCAAUUGGCGGCUCAUGGCCAAGACGACGCACUGAAGCUCUUGCUGGAAGCAACCCCUAUUAAUCUGAACAAACGCAACUCGUUAGGCGAGACUGCCUUGUACAAGGCUUGUCUAGCCGGCCAUUGGAACACUGUGAUUCUCCUUUGCCAGAACGGCGCCGAUGCAUCCAUUCCCGCCACUGACAGGAACAUGACUUGCAUGCACUGGCUGUUCAAUUUCCCGGCAGCCCAAGUAGUCCAUGUUUUCCAUGCUCUGAGCUCUUCUGGAGCAGACAUGGACGCAAAGAUUCUUGGACGAAACCCACUGGUCAACCACCAUUACCCACUUACCUGGCCUUUGGGCGCGCCUUUGCACUGGGCUGUUGGGGCAUGCAACGGUGCUGCCGUCAGAGUCUUGCUCGAAAAUGGGGCCGAUCCCUGCAUCCGAAAUGGGCAAGAUCCUUACAGGACCGAUGAAAAUGUUCGGCAGCUUCAUAGUCAUGGUACAUCUGAGACGGGCGAGUGGUCCGAGACACCGGAGAACUGCCAAGGGCUUACUCCGGUCGACUUGGCUGUCGCAAGACGCGAGUGGAGAAUCCUGGAGCUAUUUGCUUCCUGCUGCCACAAAGAUGACCUGCUGAGAGUGGACGAGGAAGGCUAUUCGCCGUUCCAUCGACUCUCGUUGAAUAUGAUCGGGACCGCUGUGACAGGACUGAGAUUCUGGUACGGCGCUUUCCGAGGCGACAAGGCAACCAGGAAACUCCAGAUAAGACGCACCGUGGAGACUUUGAGGGUCAUGGGUGGAGACAUCAACAAGCUCACUGGUAGUCCUACGAACCCAGGUCUGGGCGGAGCCCAAGGAGGGAUGACUGCACUGAUGAUUGCAGUGACCAAGUCAGAUGAAGAAGUGGUGGAUAUCCUAUGCCAGGAGGGAGCCGACCCCAAUAUCCAGAAUGGAUGUGGCCGUACAGCACUGACGUUGAUGCUCGACAUCAACGUCCACGGGUCCAGCCCUCCACGCAGCAUAGCAGCAAUCGUGCGAAGCCUCACCGACCACCGGGCAGACGUCGAGUACAGAAGCCCUGAUGGAGUGACGCCACUCCUGUGCGCAGCAUCCAGCGGCGACUUGGAAGCCGUGCAGAUUUUGGCGGAAAAAGGCCUGGUCAUGACGAAUCCCGAGGGACUCCUGGCGGUGACUCACAUGAUUGUCGGCAUGCGGCAUGCGAAGAAUCUGGAUCACGCGUUCAUGUCGAUCCAAGAAUCCGAGCAGCGAGAGCUUGCCCUCGCGGCAUUUCUGGCCAGAUAUGUCGCCCCUGCUGCCAAGUCGAAUGCUCUGCUCGUCGGCGAAGCAGAUCAGGGACGAACACUCCUCCACUGUUGUGCAACGGCUGCCGUCUUCACGUGUGUGAAAGUCUUAGUCGAGGCCGGCGCGGCUGUCAAUCCCGUCGAAUCCGCCGGCACGCGAAACCAGAUCGGUAGCUAUACCAUUGGAGUGUUCAGCAGCGCGGACCGAGACAUCAUUCACGGUACGCCGCUCGAUGUGGUGGAGCAGAUGGAACGGAUCUUCGAGCUGUCCAAAAGUAUCAGGCUGUCACAACCAAGUAAGUGCCACCGGUGUAAGACCAGACGAUGUGAUCCGUCCGUGAUACUGACUUAG